AUGGUGAUUUGUGAAGAGGACUUGAAGAAUCAUUUCAAUGAUGUGGUCUCCAGACUGCAGUCCAAGCAGUUGUUCCAGUCCGACUGGGACAUCGUCUUCUUUGCCGUCUUCUUCACCUUCAUCGGUGUGAUUGUGCUGCUGGGAACUCUUAUCCUCAUCCGCUGCUGCUGCUGCCACCAAAAGACCGGGCGAAAGAAAGUUGGCAUAGACAAUUUGUCUCUGGAACCAUGACAACAUAAUUAAUAACACGUUA